AUCAGUAAUAAGUUCUAUUGUUUUGUAGACCGAAUAUGGAGAUAUUUAUGACUCUGUGAAUUUCUAUCUAUAACCUGCAUUUGAUCAUCCUUUACCGAAGAAUCAUACUUAUCAUCCUCAGAUCCUGCAAAAUCAGGCUGAGACAUGGAAGUUGUCCAAUGAGAACAGUUCCUAUUAGAAGAACUACCAAAGAAGAUCUCAUUAGAGAAAGAAGAUUUAAUGCUAGUUAUGCUGGGGGCAUCUUUCACUUUGCUCUAGGACAAACACUAAAUGACCUGGAUUCCGAAAUUUUGGGAGCUGGAACAACAAGUAGUAUUUAUAAUCCAAAGGUUCUUUCGAACCAGUGUAGUGCAUCCGUCGUGAAGGUACAAAAUGGCCGUGACCAAAUACAAGUUGGGUGGCGUGUGGAUCCAAUUCUUUAUGGUGAUACUCGUACUCGAUUUUUUUCAUUAUUUAAAGCAUGCACAACUCAAUUCUUCAACACACGUUGCCCUAGAUUCGUAAUUGUGAAUACGCAAAUACCUUUGGACACGGUAUAUCUGACUUCUACACCUGGACACAUAUUCGAUCAGACAUUCUUCAUUCAAAGGGAUCUGAAGAAUGGAAGAUGGUGGCUGCGUGUUGGUCGUGAUUUCAAACAAAUAUGUUUUUGGCCUCCAGAGCUUUUCACGGGAUUAAAGGGUUUUGCAUCACAGGCGGCAUGGGUUGGAGAGGCAUUUAGUUCAGUCCCUACUUUCCCUCCAAUGGGUUCUGGUCAUUUUCCUGGACUUGUAAAUACCAAUAAAGAUGCAUAUUGUAUCCGAGUUUGAAGAUGCUCAUGCACUCUACCGGGUUCUUGAUGAACCAAUUACCAAUAAGGCUUUUAGACAUACGGUCUUUUUUGGGACCUAGUUCUAACAAAUAAAUUAAUGACAAUGUACUAUGUUUUUCUAGUUAAGCCUAGUAUUAGAAAAUGAUUUCCACUUAACCUACCCUUGUUUGCAUCAUGUCUCAGUUAUAAAUAAAUGAAAAAAGUAAU